AUGGUGUUCAUCAUAUCGAGUGGGCUGGUGCUAGUCGCACUUGGAGCUUGGCUUAUAUACACAUAUUUCCUCUCCCCUCUGGCGUCAAUACCCAAUGCAGGGUUCCUAGCCCCUGUUUCGCGUCUACUGUGGGAGUUUCCCGUCGAGUAUCAGGGCAGGAUCACGCUGGAGCUUCCCAAACUACACAAAAGGCUUGGUCCCCUCGUUCGCAUCGGCCCCAAUCAAGUCUCAUUCUAUUCACUGGACAUAUACAAGAAGGUCCAUGCACCGAAUAGUCCGUUCGCCAAGGACCCUCGGGUCUAUAGUCAAUUCGUGCAGGAUGGGCAUCCUGCGCUGUUCUCGAUUACUGAUCCGAAGGAGCAUGCUCAACGUCGGCGCCACAUGGGGAUAGUGUUCAAUCGCAGCAAGGUCCCCGCAUUGACGGAUAUGAUGGUGGGUACGAUCGACUCAUGGGUUAAGUACCUCGCGUCUGUCAGUGCAAAAGGCCCCGUUGAUCUCGGACCAACCUGUCGCGCCUUGGAAUCGGACAUCGUUUCAAAGUUUGCCUUUGGAAAUGCAAUUGGGGCAGUCAAGUCACUUCAUCUGGGAAAGGAAGUUGCCGUUAUCAAAGAAAAUGACAUCAAGUCUUCGAAAAUGCCGGUGUAUACAAACUUCCCGAUCCUUGUCGGUCUCUGGCACUAUCUUGCAGAUUGGAUCUUCAAGGUAACUGGCUUGGUGUUAUCUUCGGUAACGAGCUCGCAACAAUUCGAUCAGUGGGCCGAUUCGCAACUCCUCGCCGUAAAAGAUACCGAGAAAGCACCCAGCCUAUCCUUUCUCAAAGUCAUGUCUGAAGAGAGAAUACCCGAGCAGUCAGCUUUAUCAGAAGCGAAAGAGAUGCUUGGCCCCGGUACCGACACGACCUCCGCGACACUGGCUCAUAUUCUCUACGCCCUGUCUCUCAACCAAACCUUUCAAGAAGAUCUAGUCUCUGACCUGCAAGCAGCUGGAUGGUCCGUUGAUAUGUCUGCACUGGAGUCAAUACCCAGACUUGUGGCUUCGGUUAAGGAGGGCAUACGGUGGACCGGGGCUGCCGCCGCUAUGCUUCCCCGGAUCGUUCCACAGGGGGGUUAUUUGCUAGCGGGGAAGCAUCUUCCUGGUGGAACGAUGAUCUCCAGCUCCCCAAUCUGGUAUCUUCGCGAUGAGACCGCAUUCCCAGACCCCGAGCGAUAUAGACCCAGUCGGUGGCUCGUCCAGGAAAAUACCGAGGCCACUUCUUUGCGCGACGACUACUAUGUUCCCUUUUCCAAGGGCGCAUCCACGUGCGUUGGCAUUCACUUUGCUUAUCUAGAGCUGUUUCUCUCGCUAUCGCAGUUGCUGAAACGGUAUUCCAUCCACCCAGUUAAAUCAUCGAGAGUGACUGCUCUGGACCAUGAGGCCAUUCUUCCCCCGCGACGGGAAUGGGUUGCUGCUGUUCCUAUUGAUCGCUUGGAGGUGAUGCUGCUUGAACGGUGAUUGAGAAUCGCCCACCUCGGAUGUCGCCAGUCCACGCCUCUCAUCACUGUUGCAUUCCAGAGCCAAUCUGUUUGUCUACAUCAUUCUUAUCCCAGAGAAAGCUAGCACAUACGAC